AUGGGCCAACCUAUCCCGGAAUCGAUCCUGCUGUUGAAUGCGCAGAUUGGUUUCUUGAAAACUCACCUUGCGCUGAUACACAUACCGUCUUCUGCCUAUCGCCUGUUUGUGCAACCGAUACUAAGCCUCCUGCUGAACAACGAACAACGCGAUCAAGAGGGCAACAUCGUCGAGCCACGGCGAUUAUGGCAGUACUGGCACCCGUUCGUGAACGUCUCGAUCACACCGAACGAGUGCUCGAUCGUCUGCCCCCGUGAGCAAGCCGAGGAACUCUUCGCGCCGCUAGUGGAAGAGCUCAGUCCAGCAUUACAGGAGGCAAUCACUAUUACCCGGGAAGACUACUCAGCCAUCAUGAUUGGCGGAGAAGGCCUCGAAGCAGGACAGCGAGUGCUUGACCUGACCAGUCCCCUUGCAAUGGCUGGCAUACCCAUCUUCUUCAUCACGAGCUACUACUCGGACUUCAUCUUGGUGCCCUUCAGCUCACGGCAAAGGGUGAUACAUGCUCUGGAGGACCGCGGCUUCGUGUUCGAAGCUACAGAUGCGGACGGCGAGGGCGGCCAGAUGACGAAUCCAGCUUCUCCCGUCGCGCAUUCGCACUACCGCAAUGGAUCAGCCGGGUCCUCUUUCGAAUUCCCACCAGUCGCCACAACACCGCCUCCUGCCACAGUGCCAGAGCUCCAGACGAAAACCUUCAAGACCCUGGCCCGCAAUAACAUACAUCCUCACGUCGACAAGUCAGUGGAGCUAGUGACAUGCGCCGGCAUUAAGGAGACCUCUCCCUCACAUGCCGCCACAAAUUUCACUGAAGGCAAGAUGCACCUGGGCAUUACCCGUUGUCUGACUGCGAUGCCAGCGCCACGCUUCUUUUGCAUCACACUCACAGACUCCGAGUCGGCAUCACUAACACUUGAGAAACGCCUUCUGCACUGCUUUCCAGGCGCAGGCGAGGACGUCCUACUGGGUAUUGACGGCCCCGAGCAAAUCCCGAUCACACUGGAUUUGAAGGACCUUCCACUUGAGAGUACUGGUAUUGUUUGCGGAGUCUCCAGUCGACUGAUGGAUGGUAUGAAGGGUCGGAUUGGGAGGGAGAUGUUUAACAUGAGCUAUUUGAGUACUUCGAAGGCUGGACACGUCAUUGUAUACGAAGAUGAGCUUGAGGAUGUCAUGGAGGCGCUGAGGGGAGCGCAAUUGAAUGGUGGCAUGAUGCAGUCUGAUCAAUGA